GGAGUGGAGAAUUGCCUGCUGGUCCCUGACGUCGCCCUCAGUCAAGGACCAUGAGUAAUCAGACGCCAGUGACGGAGUUCAUCCUGCAGGGCUUUUCUGAGCACCCGGAGUCCCAGCUGCUCCUGUUCAGCUGUUUCUUCUCCCUCUACUCUGUGGCCCUCACGGGCAAUGUGCUCAUCAUCUUGGCCAUCACCUGCAACCCUGCGCUUCACACACCCAUGUACUUUCUCCUGCUCAACUUGGCUACCAUGGACAUUAUCUGUACCUCUUCCAUCAUGCCCAAGGCGCUGAAGGGUCUGAUGUCAGAGAGGAACCCCAUCUCCUACGGGGGCUGCAUGGCUCAGCUCUACUUCCUUACGUGGUCUGCAUCCUCCGAGCUGCUCCUCCUCACAGUCAUGGCCUAUGACCGCUACGCAGCCAUCUGCCACCCCCUGCACUACAGCUCCCUCAUGAGCACGGCGGUCUGCGGCGCCUUAGCUGCUGGGGUGUGGGGGCUCUGUGCCUUUAACUCUGCCAUCCACACUGCCCUCAUGACACGUCUGGAUUUCUGUGGCCCCAAUCUCAUCACACACUUCUUCUGUGAGGCCCCUCCUCUGCUGCUUCUGUCCUGCAGCUCCACCUACAUGAACAGUGUCAUGAUUGUCUUGGCUGAUGCCUUCUAUGGCAUAUUCAACUUCCUGAUGACCAUCGUGUCCUACGGCUUCAUCAUCUCCAGCAUCCUGAAGAUGCGCACUGCAGAGGGGAAGCGGAAAGCCUUCUCCACCUGCUCUUCCCACCUCCUCGUGGUGUGCAUGUACUACACCGCCGUCUUCUACGCCUACAUCAGUCCUGUGUCCAGCUACAGCGCGGAGAAGAGCAAGGUGGCUGGUGUGUUGUACACCAUGCUGAGCCCUACCCUCAACCCCCUCAUCUACACUUUGAGAAACAAGGAGGUCAAAGCAGCCCUCAGGAAGCUGUUUCCUUUCCUCAGGAAUUGA